AUGAGUGAAGUGCUACGGAGUCCUUCAGACAUCGCCAGCUACGAGUCCUCCUUCACUUACCCUCCAUCGGAAGAGCACAACACAAUGACUUCUACGCUUGACUCGGGCGUCAAUGAAAAGGGGAAUUUGAUGCAUGAACAAAUAUCCCCUCAGGAAAUAUCCGAUGCUUCGCCACGUCGAAUGCAGCCGAUCAUUCCCUCAUCACAACCUGAGGCAAACCAGUCCCCCACUGCUACAAGUGCUAUUUCCCCAUCGAAUGAUACUCCUGCAGUUGCAAAACGACCCUGGGAAAUGACCAGCGUCAGUAUCGCAAUCCCAAAUGUGAAAGAAGCAUUAUCUGCAAAAGCGACAUCAUACACAGCUGCCCUUACAGAACUGGGCAGUGCUAGCAUGUCAGAGAUGGUCCAGGCCCUUUGUCAGAUUGAGCCCCAAAGCACUUCUGAGUACGCCGAGCUUAUGUGUAAAAUUGCAUACUUGGUACACGAGGGUGUUCUCGAGGAGACGUACAUCCAGGCACUAGAAAAGAGACUUUACGCUUUGGAGGAACUAUUGUCGGGCUACAUCGCCGAGGACCCUGCUCUGUCAGAACUAUACAUAAUUGUGGAAUGCUGUUUCGACAUAUUCUUGAAAAUUGCCAUGGAUAGCACCAGGGAUGGCCUCUCCGCAAACAUCAUCCGCUUCCUUUCCAGCAUCUUGGUCAACCUAAACUAUUGGGAAGUAUACAACCUCAUACGGCUUAAUCCUGCUGUCUACCUGUUUUUGACGCUCAUAAAGUUUGAUUUAAAUGCAUGCUACACGAGGUUUGUUCAGAGCUAUUCCAAUUUUCGCUACAAACAGACCCAGCUUUCACCUGCUACAAUCGAAAAGUUCACCGCCUUGCGGGAGAAGCAGAAAAGAGAGCGCGAUGAACGCUUUGCAGAGGCUAGCAGUAACGAUGAUGAAUAUUUCAACAAGGAUCUGACCGAGGAGCAUGACAAGUUCAUCUCUGAUAGACUAGCUUCUGAAGGCAAGGGUAAGGAUAAAAAGAAGGCCAAGGCCGAUUCAAAACUCUCAGCGCAUAGGGUGAUAAAGAAGCCGGAGAUCAAGCCCGGUAGUGCUCGUCUGCUGAACUACGACCCUGAUGUGAUUCAUGAAUGUCAAUUACCUUCGGCAGAGGAACCUGGAAAGAUGUGUCUCAGAAGAUUCUCCCGAAAGUACGAGCUCAUAAGGCACCAGGACACUGUUCAUCUGAAAAAGAAGAAAUUGUUCAAGUGUUUUGUUUGCGUCAAACAGGACCCUGUUAUGGGGCCUAGGAUAUUUACUCGUCAUGACACAUUGGCGAAACACAUCAGAGUGAAUCACCGCAUAUCAGGCAAGGAAGCCAAGGCAGAAGUCGCAUAUUCCAAAAAGCAUGCAGAAAUUGUGGAUGAAGGGGAUAUUACUGUCCAUGUGGGGCGCCGGAAGACCAAGGUUGAUUUCGAGCUUCGGGCUCAUAUGAAUAAGGGAGGUCGUGAAGCCCCAGAUGGCAGUAUUAUCUUUGAUGACGAUGAAAUGCUUUCUGGCGAAGAAGGCGAGCCAAUGAUUGACGUUGUGUAA